CGUAGUCUUAUUAAUUUCUCUGUGGGGCUGCAGCUGGAGACCGCGGAGCGUUGGAAAUGACGCUCGGAGCUUUAAUUACCGCAGCCGCCGGACAAGUGUGAGGAAAGCUGACAGGAAAAAGGACAGGAUCGGGGGAGAAGCGAGAAGCUACCCCCCCUUCCCCUCCCAAUUUGGACUGGAGGUGCAAGGAAACUGAAAAGGGAGCCGAACAUAGCCCAGCUGGGGGGGGGGGGGAGAGCCGGAAACCUACCGCCUCUUUGCAAUCAACUUUUUUUGGAAACCUUUUUCCCCCUUCCUUUUUAUUGUUGACCAACCAGUGAGCGAAAGUCAGGAGGGAGCGAGAAAGCGAAGGCUCAUACAGGGAAAUAGCUGCACAGUCCGGCCCGGAGCACCACGCGCACACACUCGAGCACACUCCCACACAAGCGCGCACCCUCACCCCCUCCUCCGGUCCCCGGCCCUGGACCCGCCGGCGCGGACUCGGGCGCCGGUGCUCGGAGCCGGUGCACCGCGCACGUCGCGCGCCAGUCCCCCUCGCGCCCCGAAGCGCGCCUGGCCGAGGGAUCUCGUCCGCGUGCCCGAAAGGGGAUAUGCCAUUUGGACAUGUAAUGGUCAGCAAGGGAUCUGAGACUUCCAAAAAAUGAAGCUGGCGACAGGACUGUGGGUCUGGGUGAGCCUUCUCCUGGCGGCGGGGACCGUCCAGCCCAACGCUUCUCAGUCAGUGUGUGCAGGGACAGAGAACAAGCUGAGCUCUCUCUCUGACCUGGAGCAGCAGUAUCGAGCCUUGCGCAAAUACUAUGAGAACUGUGAGGUGGUCAUGGGCAACCUGGAGAUAACCAGCAUCGAGCACAACCGGGACCUCUCCUUUCUGCGGUCUAUUCGAGAAGUUACAGGCUACGUGUUAGUGGCUCUUAAUCAGUUUCGCUACCUGCCUCUGGAGAAUUUACGCAUUAUCCGUGGAACAAAACUUUAUGAGGAUCGAUAUGCCUUGGCAGUAUUUUUAAACUACAGAAAAGAUGGGAACUUUGGACUUCAAGAACUUGGACUAAAGAACUUGACAGAAAUCCUUAAUGGUGGAGUCUAUGUAGACCAGAACAAAUUUCUUUGUUACACAGACACAAUUCAUUGGCAAGAUAUUGUUCGGAAUCCGUGGCCUUCCAACUUGACUCUCGUGUCAACAAACGGUAGCUCAGGAUGUGGACGUUGCCAUAAGUCCUGUACUGGCCGAUGCUGGGGACCCACAGAAAAUCAUUGCCAGACCUUGACAAGGACGGUGUGUGCAGAACAGUGUGACGGCAGGUGCUAUGGACCCUACGUCAGUGACUGCUGUCAUAGAGAAUGUGCUGGAGGUUGCUCAGGACCAAAAGACACCGACUGCUUUGCCUGCAUGAAUUUCAAUGACAGUGGAGCGUGUGUUACUCAAUGUCCCCAAACUUUUGUCUACAAUCCAACCACCUUUCAGCUGGAACAUAACUUCAAUGCAAAGUAUACAUAUGGAGCAUUUUGUGUCAAGAAAUGCCCACAUAACUUUGUGGUGGAUUCCAGUUCUUGUGUGCGUGCCUGCCCUAGUUCCAAGAUGGAAGUAGAAGAAAAUGGGAUUAAAAUGUGUAAACCUUGCACUGAUAUUUGCCCAAAAGCUUGUGAUGGCAUUGGCACAGGAUCACUGAUGUCAGCUCAGACCGUGGAUUCCAGUAACAUUGACAAAUUCAUAAACUGCACCAAAAUCAAUGGGAAUUUGAUCUUCCUUGUCACUGGUAUUCAUGGGGACCCUUACAAUGCAAUUGAAGCCAUAGACCCAGAGAAACUGAAUGUCUUUCGGACCGUUCGAGAGAUAACAGGUUUCUUGAACAUACAGUCAUGGCCUCCAAACAUGACUGACUUCAGUGUUUUUUCUAACCUGGUGACCAUUGGUGGAAGAGUACUCUACAGUGGCCUCUCCUUGCUUAUCCUCAAACAACAGGGCAUCACUUCUCUACAAUUCCAGUCCCUGAAGGAAAUCAGUGCAGGAAACAUCUAUAUUACUGACAACAGCAACCUAUGUUAUUAUCAUACCAUUAAUUGGACAACACUCUUCAGCACUAUCAACCAAAGAAUAGUGAUCCGGGACAACAGAAAAGCUGACAACUGUACUGCUGCGGGAAUGGUGUGCAACCAUCUGUGUUCAAGUGAUGGCUGCUGGGGACCUGGCCCAGACCAAUGCCUGUCCUGCCGUCGCUUCAGCAGAGGAAGGAGCUGCAUAGAGUCUUGUAACCUCUAUGAUGGUGAAUUUCGAGAGUUUGAGAAUGGCUCCAUCUGUGUGGAGUGUGACCCCCAGUGCGAGAAGAUGGAAGACGGCAUCCUCACAUGCCAUGGACCGGGACCUGAUAACUGCACAAAGUGUUCCCAUUUUAAGGAUGGCCCGAACUGUGUGGAAAAAUGUCCAGAUGGCUUGCAGGGGGCAAACAGUUUCAUUUUCAAGUAUGCUGAUCAGGAUCGAGAAUGCCAUCCAUGCCAUCCAAACUGCACCCAAGGGUGCAUAGGCUCACGUAUUGAAGACUGCAUCGGCCUGAUGGAUAGGUGUAGCGGCCCCACUAGUCAUGACUGCAUUUACUAUCCUUGGACGGGCCAUUCCACUUUACCACAACAUGCUAGAACUCCUCUAAUUGCAGCUGGAGUCAUCGGCGGGCUCUUCAUCCUGGUCAUCGUGGGUCUAACAUUUGCAGUUUAUGUUAGAAGGAAGAGUAUCAAAAAGAAAAGAGCCCUGAGAAGAUUUCUGGAAACAGAGUUGGUAGAACCCUUAACUCCCAGUGGCACAGCACCCAAUCAAGCUCAACUGCGUAUUUUAAAAGAAACUGAGCUCAAAAGAGUGAAAGUACUUGGCUCAGGAGCUUUUGGAACAGUGUAUAAAGGUAUUUGGGUACCUGAAGGAGAAACAGUAAAGAUUCCUGUGGCUAUUAAGAUUCUUAAUGAAACAACUGGUCCCAAAGCCAAUGUGGAAUUCAUGGAUGAAGCUUUGAUCAUGGCAAGUAUGGACCAUCCACACUUAGUACGGUUAUUGGGUGUGUGUCUGAGCCCAACCAUUCAACUGGUUACACAGCUUAUGCCCCAUGGCUGCCUGUUGGAUUAUGUCCAUGAACAUAAGGAUAACAUUGGAUCCCAGCUACUGCUUAACUGGUGUGUCCAAAUAGCUAAGGGAAUGAUGUACCUGGAGGAAAGACGGCUUGUUCAUCGGGAUUUGGCAGCCCGAAAUGUCUUAGUGAAAUCUCCAAACCAUGUGAAAAUCACAGAUUUUGGACUAGCUAGGCUCUUAGAAGGAGAUGAAAAAGAGUAUAAUGCUGAUGGAGGAAAGAUGCCAAUUAAAUGGAUGGCUCUGGAGUGUAUACACUACAGGAAGUUCACCCAUCAGAGUGAUGUUUGGAGUUAUGGAGUUACCAUAUGGGAACUGAUGACCUUUGGAGGAAAACCCUAUGAUGGAAUUCCAACCAGAGAAAUCCCGGAUUUAUUAGAGAAAGGAGAACGUUUACCCCAGCCUCCUAUCUGCACUAUUGACGUUUACAUGGUCAUGGUCAAAUGCUGGAUGAUUGAUGCAGACAGUAGACCUAAAUUUAAGGAACUGGCUGCUGAAUUUUCAAGGAUGGCUCGAGACCCUCAAAGAUAUCUAGUUAUUCAGGGUGAUGAUCGCAUGAAGCUUCCCAGUCCAAAUGACAGCAAGUUCUUUCAGAAUCUCUUGGAUGAAGAGGACCUGGAAGAUAUGAUGGAUGCUGAGGAAUACCUGGUCCCUCAGGCUUUCAACAUCCCACCUCCCAUCUAUACUUCCAGAGCAAGAAUUGACUCAAAUAGGAGUGAAAUUGGACACAGCCCUCCUCCUGCCUACACCCCCAUGUCAGGAAACCAGUUUGUAUACCGAGACGGGGGGUUUGCUGCAGAGCAAGGAGUGCCUGUGCCGUACAGAGCCACGACCAGCACAAUCCCAGAAGCUCCAGUUGCUCAGGGGGCUACAGCGGAGAUUUUUGAUGACUCCUGCUGCAACGGCACCCUACGCAAGCCAGUGGCACCCCAUGUUCCAGAGGAUAGCAGCACCCAGAGGUACAGCGCCGACCCCACGGUGUUUGCCCCAGAACGGAGCCCACGAGGAGAGCUGGAUGAAGAAGGUUACAUGACCCCUAUGCGAGAUAAACCUAAACAAGAAUACCUGAACCCUGUGGAAGAAAACCCUUUUGUUUCUCGGAGAAAAAAUGGAGACCUUCAAGCUUUGGAUAAUCCCGAAUAUCACAAUGCUUCCAACGGUCCUCCCAAGGCAGAGGAUGAGUAUGUGAAUGAGCCACUGUACCUCAACACCUUUGCCAACGCGUUGGGGAAUGCCGGGUACCUGAAGAACAAUGUACUGUCUGUGCCAGAGAAGGCCAAGAAAGCAUUCGACAACCCUGACUACUGGAACCACAGCCUGCCACCCCGGAGCACCCUUCAGCACCCAGACUACCUGCACGAGUACAGCACAAAAUAUUUUUAUAAACAAAAUGGACGGAUCCGGCCUAUUGUGGCAGAGAAUCCUGAAUACCUCUCUGAGUUCUCGCUGAAGCCAGGCACCGUGCUGCCUCCUCCACCCUACAGACACCGAAACACUGUGGUGUAAGCUCAGCGGUGGCUUUAAGAUAGAGACACGCCCGCUCCAAUUUCCCUGCCGCCUCUCUUUCUCUUAUGGUCUUCCUUCUAUUCCCAAGGCCAGUAGUUUUGACACUUCCCAGUGGAAGAUAUAGAGAUGCAAUGAUAGUCAUGUGCUCAUCUAACUUGAACAUUAGAAGGAAGAACUGAAAGAGAAAGACAGGAGGAACCACACUGUUUCUUCAUUUCUCUGCAUGGGUUGGUCAGGAGACUGGAACAGCUAGGGAAGGACCAGCAAAUAUAAGGCAAUACUGCCUGCUGUCAAGCUAGUUCUCAACUUUUUCCCUUUUUUGUCUCUUUCUUUCUUUUUCUUUCUUUCUUCUUUCUUUCUUCUUUCUUUCUUUCU